UAUAACUACUAAAAAAAAAAAAAGCUCUUGGUGGGUGGGUUGAUGCGAAAUUUUGGUCCCUCUCUCUCUCUCCCCUGUGUUUGCAUCUCUUCUUCUUCUUCUUCUUCUUCUUCCUUCUCUCUCGUUUACAUUUCCUCUCCCGACUCUCGACCUUGAAUCUCUCUGUGUGAAAUUGCCCCGAUUAUGAUCCGAGCAUCGGGAGGACCUCAUAAACCCUAGAUCUCUCUGCUCGGGCGAUACUUAUGAUCGAUUUGGGGUCUGGGAUCGCCCGUCAUCGGUUUUGAGGAGCGAUUUUGGGUGCGUCUGCUCUGGAUCUUGCGGUCAGCGUGAUUACGCAGCUGACGGCGUCGAGGUUUCCCAGCCUUGGGAGUGAUUUCGCGCCAAAUUCUAGGUUAAUCGGAUUUGACAGUGUGAAUUACGUCAGGAUCGAGGGCGUAGGUCGUAGUUAGGGUUUUCGUUCGAUGGCUAGUAAUCCUCCAUUUGAUAUGGAGGAUCAGACUGACGAGGAUUUCUUUGAUAAUUUGGUGAAUGAUGAUGAUGAGCUUAAGCCCCCUGGACCAGUCCUUCAGUCUGAUCCUGGUGUUGCUGAUGCCUUUUCUAAUUUAAGCAUCAAAGACAGCUGUGCGAGGGGGGAGCUCAAGGAGGGAGCAAGAAGUGAUUCUGUUGAUUUUGAUGAUGGAUCAGUGGAUACUUCUACGGAGGACAAGAAUAAGGUGCUGCCCUCAUCGAGUUCGCUUGAUUUCGACAGUGUAGUUGAGCCGGAAGUAAGUGCAAUUACUUGCACGGACAAUUCAACGACUGAAAGUGGGUCUGAGGCGAUGGUGAAACGAGAUCUUGGUGAUGCCAGUUCUGAGCUUCCAUCUGCAGUCACAGUAGAGGGUAAUGUGUUAGCACACUCAAAUUCGUUCAAGUUUGAUACACUCGUUGCAUCAAAUGAGAAAAGGUUAGCAUCGGAGGGAAUGGCCAACAUGUUUAAGAGCAAGAAUGUUGAAAAUGUUGGGGGGAUCAAGGAAGUGGGGUGGAAUUCGUUUUAUGCAGAUUCCACGACCCAGAGCGGGACCGGUACCGGUACCGGUGGGUUUGGCUCAUACUCUGAUUUUUUCUCUGAUUUGGGCGGUGGUGGUGGAGAUUUUCCUGGGAAUGUGGAGCAAAGUUUUAGUAGUGAGGCUAAAAUUGCAUCUAGUAGUGCAGAAUAUGGGGCUGAUGGAUCAGGCAAUGUGGUUAGUUAUACACAAUAUGAAGGGGGCCAAGGAUAUGAGGCAGGUGGAGAUCAAAGUGGUAACAUGGAGGAUUUGAAUAGUAGUCAGUAUUGGGAAAAUUUAUUUCCAGGUUGGAGAUAUGACCCAAAUACUCAACAGUGGUAUCAAGUUGAUGGUAGCGAUGGCAAUAUGAAUGUUCAAGAGACCUCUGAUAGUGCUGCAGUGAAUGAAUCUGCUGGUAGUUUUCAGGAAAAAACUGAGGUUUCUUAUUUGCAGCAAAGUGCUCAGUCUGUUGGUGGAACAGUCAAUGAAACUGGGAAAACUGAGACAGUCUCUAACUGGAAUCAAGGCUCGGAAGGAAAUAAUGGGUACCCAGAACAUAUGGUUUUUGACCCUCAGUUUCCUGGUUGGUACUAUGACAUGAUUGCGCAAGAGUGGCUUACGCUAGAGAGCUAUACAUCUUCGGAUCAAUCAACCAGCCAAUCUCAUGAUCACCAGAAUCAAAAUUCUCACAAUGAUGGUAGCAUUUAUGGUGACUAUGGGCAAGUUAACAAUUAUGCAUCACAAGGCCGUGAGAAUCAAAAUUCUCAUAAUGAUGGUAGCAUUUAUGGCGACUAUGGGCAAGUAAACAAUUAUGCAUCACAAGGCCACCUCGCUGAUAGCCAAGAUAAUCACUGGGUUGGGCAGUACAACCAACAGAAUGCAGAUUAUGCAUGGGCACAGCAAGCUGGGGGAUACCGGCAAUUUGAUGCUUCAUAUGUUUCAAGUGCAGACAACCACAUCGAAAAUCAGAGCUCUGUUAAUUCGUUUCCCUCAAGUGCGUCUUAUGGCAUGCUACAUCAAAGUCACAGUAAGGCCAAUGGGACAAUUGGGAUGCCAAGCUUUAUUCCUAGUCAGCCAGCUAAUCAGCCACUGGCUGAGCAAAGGGGCCAAGGUCAUUUCUCAAAUGACAUCUAUCAGAUUCAGAAAUCAACAGGCUUCUCCCAGCAGCCUUUUCAGACUCCAAAUGACUUUUCACAUACUCAUAAUGUUGGAAGAUCAUCUGCAGGACGUCCUGCUCAUGCCUUGGUUACAUUUGGAUUUGGGGGGAAACUCAUAGUCAUGAAGGAUGCCAGUAACUUAUCAUUUGCAACCAAGGAUUCGGCUAUUGGUUCAAUUUCUAUGCUCAACAUUAUGGAAGUUGUGCAGAAGAAUGACGGUGGCUCUACCAUUGGAUUCGGUGGUUCAGGCUAUUUUAGUGCUCUGUGCCACCAGUCUUUUCCUGGUCCAUUGGUGGGUGGAAAUGUUGGAAACAAAGAGUUGAAUAAAUGGAUCGAUGAGAGGAUUGGGAAUUGUGAGUCAUCAGGUCUAGAUUAUAGAAGAGCUGAAACUUUGAGGUUGCUUCUAUCUUUGUUAAAGAUAGCCUGUCAACAUUAUGGUAAACUUCGAUCUCCUUUCGGCACUGACACAGCAUUGAAGGAAGGUGAUAGUCCUGAAGUAGCAGUUGCUAAAUUGUUUGCUUCUGCAAAGAGAAACAGUGCACAGUUUGGUGAUUAUGUUGCCCAAAGACAGUGCUUGCAGUUAUUGCCUCCUGCAGGACAAGUCCAGGCAACCGCAUCUGAGGUGCAGAAUCUUCUAGUGUCUGGUAAGAAGAAAGAGGCUCUGCAACUUGCCCAAGAAGGUCAAUUGUGGGGACCAGCCCUUGUACUCGCUUCACAACUUGGGGAUCAGUACUAUGUAGAUACGGUAAAGCAAAUGGCACUCCGUCAGUUGGUACCAGGAUCACCUUUGCGGACAUUAUGCUUACUGAUUGCAGGGCAACCUGCUGAAGUUUUUUCAGCAGAAACCACCACCAUUGCCAAUGUUUCUCAUGCACCAAUGUCUCAGCAGCAGGCACAGAUUGGGGCCAACUGUAUGCUUGAGGACUGGGAGGAAAAUCUUGCUGUAAUUGCAGCAAACAGAACAAAGGAUGAUGAACUUGUAAUAAUGCAUCUAGGGGACUGCUUAUGGAAGGAAAGGAGUGAGAACAUGGCAGCACAUUUAUGUUAUCUAGUCGCAGAAGCGAACUUUGAGUCUUAUUCAGAUAGUGCAAGAAUGUGCCUUGUUGGAGCGGAUCACUGGAAAUGUCCACGAACUUAUGCUAGCCCGGAUGCUAUUCAGAGAACUGAGUUAUAUGAAUAUUCGAAGGUGCUUGGGAACUCUCAGUUCAUUCUGCUACCUUUUCAGCCUUAUAAAAUUAUCUAUGCUCACAUGCUGGCUGAGGUGGGAAAGGUUUCAGACUCCCUGAAGUACUGCCAAGCCUUGUUAAGAUCUCUGAAAACUGGCCGAGCACCUGAAGUAGAGAUGUGGAAGCAGGUGGUGGUGUCACUAGAGGAUAGAGUAAGAACUCAUCAGCAGGGUGGAUAUUCUGCAAAUUUAGCUCCUGCGAAAUUGGUUGGGAAAUUGCUCAACUUCUUUGAUAGCACUGCACAUCGGGUUGUAAAUGGUGGUGGCUUACCUCCUCCUGCUCCAUCAAUAAACCCAGGAGUUGUGCAAGUUAGCGAGCAAUUUAACCGUCCAAUGGACCAGAAAGCUUUGAACAGUCAAUCAUCUACGGCUGUGCCAUCACUAGUGCCAUCUCUGUCCAUGGAACCUAUAAGUGAGUGGACAGGCGAUAACAACCGAAUGACUGUUCAGAACAGAAGUGUAUCUGAACCAGAUUUUGGCCGUAGCCCGAGACAGGUUAAUCCGUCAAGUGAAGUUAGUCCAGCUAGUGGAGAGAGAGCUUCUGCUUCAGGGGGCACAUCCCGCUUUGCUCGAUUCGGGUUUGGUUCGCAGCUGUUGCAGAAGACGGUGGGACUGGUCUUGAGACCCCGCUCCGAUAAGCAGGCAAAAUUGGGUGAAAAGAACAAAUUCUAUUACGAUGAGAAGCUCAAGAGAUGGGUAGAGGAAGGCGCUGAACCUCCUGCGGAGGAAGCUGCGCUGGCUCCUCCUCCAACGACUGCGGCAUUCCAGAAUGGGACAUCUGACUACAACUUGAAGUCAGCUCUUAAGAGUGAAGGAUUCGUUGCCAAUGGAAGUCCAACAGAUUUCAAGAGUCCAAUGGCACUUCCAGGGCAGACCUCAGGAAUGCCCCCUAUGCCUCCUAGCUCUAAUCAAUUUUCAGCCCGUGGACGGAUGGGUAUUCGCGCGAGGUACGUCGACACCUUCAAUAAAGGGGGUGGGAGCCCAGCAAAUCUAUUCCAGUCACCAUCUGUCCCAGCAGCUAAACCCACCGCUAGCACUGGUACCCCGAAGUUCUUUAUUCCCGCUCCAGUAGCAGCAUCAGCUGAACAGCAACAAAUGGAGUCGAUAGCGGAAAGUACACAGGAAGAGCCUGCAACAAAUGAAGCUCCCUCAACAUCUGCAGCUUUUGAUUUGCCCUCUUCUUCUUCAGCCCCUAUACAAACUGCGGGCAUCCAGAGGUUCCCAAGCACGGGAAAUAUCCCGAGAAGAGGGUCAAUGGUGGAUGCACAUAGUUCCUUCCAAAGUAACUCACGCCGCACAGCUUCAUGGAGUGGGAGCUUCAAUGACUCUUUCAAUCAUCCCCCUAAAGGCGCUGACAUCAGGCCUCUUGGGGAGCAAUUGGGCAUGCCCCCUUCAUCCUUUAUGCCCAGUGAUCGAUCUCCUCUGUCACGAAUGCCCGUGAAUGGUGGAGGAAGCUUCGACGAACUCCAGGAAGUGGAACUUUGAUACUGGAAUUUGUCCCCUUCAUAUCGACACCCUUCACGAGGCUGCUGGAAGAUGUAAAUAUCAAGUUUUGUUGUGUGAUCAAUACAUAAGCCUAGGAUGGUGCUCUCUAUGUUAAAAGAGUGCACAGAUACCGAGAAAGGGUCACACGUUCCAGCUCUGUGGUAACUGCAAAAAUGAUGGUGAUAAUCACUGAAUCGGUUUGGGCGACCACGAAAAAUAUGCCUUUUUAGUCGUAAAGUUGCGAAACGGCUAAGCACGUGCAGGCUCUCAGUAUAAAGGGGAGUUGUCACUGACCGCUAGCAAGUGCUUUGAGGUGCUGUUGGGUCUUUUAUUGUAUCUGGUAGGGAAGAGAUUACGGAUGAUUUGUUCAUUUUAUCGAUGGGGACCGUGAAAGUCCUUAAAGAUGGACGUAAGUAUAGUCCCAUACAUAGGCCUCUACUCGAACUUUCUGUUACAGGGAGAGGAGAGUCGAAUUGUAGGUUCCGAAUAUUCUUUUCAUUUUGUACACCUUUUCCUCUCCCUGUUAAUUCUUUUUUUUCUCCGCAUCUUUUUAUAUCUGGGCAGUACAUUUUGUAUUACUUCAUACGUAUGUAUAUAGUUGAAAACUGAAAGUGGAACAUUCUGAUGCACA